AUGAGGGCACACGCCGGACGUGCUCAGCCUGGCGUUACAAUUAGUUUGCGAGGGCCUCCCAUGCGGAUGCCACAAUGGCGCCACCGUCUUAUUAACGGGCGCCUCGCGCGCAGGUCGCCACCGAAGUUGCCAAGCAUGCCGGCAGGCAAGACACGCAGGAAGCACAACCGGGUACUCGAGAUGGACCAGGCUCUUCCGCCACCGCCUCAUCACGGACGCCACGGGCUGCUGAUCCCCGACGGACCGCGGGAGACUCCGCCUCAUCCACUGCGGGAAUGCCCUCGUCGUUGGGAACUGGGACUGCGACUGUGUGUGACUGCCCCAGCCCGCACGACGGAAUACUUGCCACUUUUGUACGGACGGCCUUGCGCUACUCACUCGUUAUUGUAG